AUGACGGGGGAUCACGAACACGGCCACCAUCCCGCCCAUUUAAAGCACAGCCACGCCCACGAAGAGGCGAUUCCUGGAACCGUCAAUCUGCAAGCCCAAGAGGGCGACGAUACCGGCUACGGACAAGCUCUGUUCCCUGUGCCAGCAGACGACCCUAACGACCCGCUACAAUGGGGCAACUUCAAGAAGACCAUGAUUUUGUGCAUCUGUGCGGCGUACUCUUUUCUGGGAAACUCGUCAUUGCUCGGUCCUUCGGUGUACAUUGGCAUCUAUGCGGAAUCCUUCGGGAUUGACCCCGGCACGGCUUCAAACCUGAUUUCAUAUCCCAACCUGGCCUAUGGCUUUGGCUCCUUACUUCUGGUUCCCGCCUAUCUCAAAUUCGGCCGACGACCUGUGAUGCUGGUUUCCAUCAUCUUUUUUGCUGUGGGCCUGAUCGGCUGCUCCCAAUGCAACUCGUACGGCACUUUGAUGGCGUGCCGCAUCAUCCACGCCUUUGGCUCUGGAGUAUGCGAAGCUCUGCCCGUGCAACUAGUCAAUGACAUCUUCUUCUUGCACGAGCGUGGUCAACGGCUGGGCUACUACACCGUCUGCCUCUGUUUGGGCGCCACCGGACCUCUGUAUGCCGGCUACAUGCUUGCAGGCGGCUACUCGUGGCGGCUGUUCUUCUACGUCGAGUUCGCCUUUGCGUGCGCCCUGUUCAUCCUGGCCUUCUUCUUCGUCGAGGAGACCUGGUACAAGCGCGAGGAGAUGAAGCGGAUUCUCGGGGCCGCCGUGGAAUCAUCCCCCACCGAGAAAGGCGUCGAGGCCGACCUGCACGAGGUCGCAAGCCCUGUGCCGGUCCGGAAGUCGUUCGUGUCCACCCUCAAGCCGUGGGGCGUGUACGAUCGCGAUGUCUCGUUUUUCAUGACCGCCGCCCGCUCUUUCACCUACUACGCCGUGCCGUCUGUGUUCUGGGUGGUCUCGACUUAUGGUAUCUACAUCGGUCUGGGAGCUCUGGCAUUCAACUACACCUUCCCUGCCAAGAUUGUUGCUCCUCCUUACAACUGGAGUCAGACCAAUUCAGGCUUGAUCGCCGUGGGCAAUGCCAUCGGAUACAUCCUAGCCAUCCCAUUCACGACGUCGUCGGACCGGCUGGCGGCGUACCUGACCAAGAAGAACAACGGGAUCCGCGAGGCCGAGAUGCGUUUGGGCGUGCUGCUGCCGGCGAUGUUGGUCGGCCCUGCGGGGCUGAUUGUGUACGGGUACACGGCGCAGGAGAACCUGCACUGGAUCGGGUACUUCGCGGGCGUGGCCAUGUGCAACUGGUCGGCUUACUUCUACUUCACGUUCUCGCUGGCGUACGCGGUCGACAGCUACACGGUGAAUCUGUCGGAGAUGCUGAUCGCCAUGAACCUGGGCAAGCAGGCCAUCUCGUUCGGCUUCGGCUUCAAGAUCCUCGACUGGAUCCUGGACAGCGGCUACGUCACCAUCAUCGCGGGCGUCUUCUGCGGCGUCCUCAUGGCCAACGACCUCAUGCUGCUCGUCUUCAUGUUCUUCGGCAAGCGCAUCCGCAUCGCCACCAGCAAGACCUGGCUGGCCCGCAUGCACCGCAAGACCCAUGUCGUGGGGGAAUCUCAUUAA